CGUCCGCGCGUCAACAGCAACAACUAGGAUGUUGCGAUAUCGCUGGCAGCCAAAGACUGCUGUGGUUGCAGAGAUUACACCGCUGUGUUGAAACCUCAACGUAAUGUUUUGGUGGAUGACAUAUUCCCGGGUUAUAUAUUUGCAGUAACAGACGAAGGCUUAAGUCUCCUGUCGGCGCUGCGCCUGUCUGGGCUGCAUCGUGCUAAAGCGUUAGCUAACUAAAAUAAUAGUUUUAUUGUAAAUGGAAGCAAUUAAAUAGCCACACGGGCUGCUAGCUAUGAGGCAACAAACGGUCGCUUCACUUCACUGAGGAUGGAAACAUUUUUUCGGAAAUCACUGUCACACAAGUUAUACGUUGGAUAUAUCGCACAAAAAGACAUCAUCUUCAGAGGAUAACCUGGAUAACCUUACACGAAAUGUCAUAGCGCGUAAGUAGCUAGCACUUAGCUAGCUUGGUAAUGGCUGGACGAGAUGGAGAUGGACCUAGUUUUUCAUCAGCAGCCCCAACCGUCCACGAACAGCUGAAUGGCUAGUUAAAGAAAUACUUUCUCCGGAGAUGCUUUAACCUCCCGGGUGGUGUAAUUCACUUACAUAACUGCUAGUCGCCACCGCUCAAGCUAUCACCAACUGGCUUGUGUUGGCAAGCAAAUGAAGACAUUUCCAUUUAAAAUCUGGAUUCUUUCAACAUCCUCAUAAGUGACAAAGGCAUCAGGGGCACCACAUAGACUCAGACUCGUCAAGUUUACAAUUUUAGCUGUGUUGUAUAUCACUGCAAUAAGCCAUCACACAGCCAACAUCAGCUCAUUGCUGUGUGUGAGGCUGAAGCCGCAAAUAUUCCUCCUGUCAUUUCGACAAGAUGAGGAAGUUCUUUGAUUCUCGUCGGGAGUUGGUCAGCUCCGGGCCUGGUUCUGGAGGAGGAGGUGGCAGCUCUGGGUCCAGUCAUGCAGGCGGGAAUUACAUUGGACGAGCCUUUACUGUCGGGCGCCACCAAGUCACAGUUGAGGAGAUAAUUGCUGAAGGUGGGUUCGCAAUCGUGUUUCUUGUGAAAACAAAUCAGGGUGUGCGUUGUGCUCUGAAGAGGAUGUAUGUCAACAACGAGUAUGAUCUGCAAGUGUGCAAACGGGAGAUUCAGAUAAUGAAAGACCUUGUCGGUCACAAGAAUAUUGUUGGUUAUCUGGACUCAAGUAUCACAGCUAUGGGAUCAAGGGAUGUAUGGGAGGUUCUCAUACUAAUGGACUACUGCAAAGGAGGGCAGGUGGUCAAUUUGAUGAAUCAAAGGCUGCAGACUGGCUUCACAGAGUCUGAGGUGCUACAGAUCUUCUGUGACACCUGUGAUGCUGUAUCUCGCUUGCACCAGCGCAAAACAUCCAUCAUCCACAGGGACCUGAAGGUGGAGAACAUCCUCUUGCACGACAAGGGUCAUUAUGUGCUCUGUGACUUUGGCAGCGCCACAAACAAAUUCCAGAGUCCGCAGACGGAAGGAGUGGCCGUCGUGGAGGAAGAAAUCAAAAAGUACACCACUUUAUCAUAUCGAGCCCCAGAAAUGGUGAACCUGUACAACAACAAGAUUAUCACCACAAAGGCUGAUGUCUGGGCUCUGGGCUGUUUGCUGUACAAGUUGUGCUUCUUCACUCUCCCUUUUGGUGAAAGCCAGGUGGCCAUCUGUGAUGGCAGUUUCACCAUUCCAGAUAAUUCCCGUUACUCUUAUGAUCUUCACUGCCUCAUUCGGUACAUGCUGGAGCCAGACCCAGACAAAAGACCAGAUAUCUACCAGGUGUCCUACUUUGCUUUUAAACUUGCUCAGCGGACCUGUCCUGUUCAGAAUGUGAAGAAUUCUCCAAUUCCUUCCAAACUUCCUGAGCCAGUCAAAGCAAGUGAAGCUGCUGCAGCAAAGAAGAGCCAGGCUAAGCCCAGACUGACAGAUCCAAUUCCCACCACUGAAACCUCCAUCACCCCUCGUCAGAGGCCCAAAGCAGUGCAUACCCAGCCUGCUGCUGGCAUCCUACCCAUUCAGCCUGCUGCUCUUACCCCUCGCAAGCGAGCUAAUCUCCCUGGUGGUGCAGCUCAGCCUGUGGGAGUCAGUUUAGACCUCUCCCAAACAGCUGCAGCUAUCCAGUCACAGAAGGCUCAGACUUCAGCUCAGCCACUCAUCCAAACACCAAACAGUACAAGUCAGGCUGCAGCUCCACCGAAGCAGGCUGUGCAGCCAGCUUCAGCUGCUGGAGCAGAGACUGCGACUACGGCAGCAUCUUCAGUGGCCAAAGGUGAAGCUACAACACAAGCACAGGCAACAGCCCAGCAGCAGACCACAGCUCCCUCCGUGGCCAACUCCCAGCAGGUGACACAGACUCCAUCCAGCCCUGCCCCACCUCAACGCCCAGCGCGUCGAAAGCAAACUAGUCAGGCUCAGCAGCCAGAGGCUCAGUCUUCUCCCAGCAAAUCAGCACCUAGUCAGCCAGCAGUAGCUCAGCAGCAGCAGAUAAUUCAACCAUCAGCGGCUCAGGCUCAGCCUGCCUCCACUGAAAUCAGCCAAAAAUCAGCUGAGACAACUUCAUCUGCAGCUCCAAAGACAACAGAGGAACGAGGCCAUCAGCGCGCACCAAGCGAUGCCACAGCGAGCAGUGAUUCUUCACAGCAGCUGCCAGGAGCUAAUGGAGACGUUGCAGUUACUCAAUCACUUGCAUCUCAGCAGAGCGCCAUCCAGCCAGCUCAGCUGAGUGAUGCAGCGCAAGACCAGAGCAACGCUGCACCCACUGGUCCUGGCUCCACACAGCCAGCAUGGAACCCAUUUGAUGAUGACAGUUUUUCCAGCCUCAAUGCUGGUGAAUUCAAACCUGAUGACAUAAAGGCUCCAGAUCUACCAUUAGAUACUGAGGCCACAUCUUCUGAAGAGCUGAUACCAGGUCUGCAGGCCUCAUCUGUGGAAAAUACUCCCCCCCAAGAAACUGCUGAAAGACCAUCUGCUAUUCUGGAAUCUGGAGCUUCGCUGUUGGUUGUCCCAGAUCCUUUCCACACCCUCGAACUGUCAGAUGCUCCAGAAAAGCUGAUCGAAGGACUCAAAUCUCCUGACACAUCUUCGCUCAUGCUUCCUGACCUGCUGUCGCUGUCUGAUCCUUUUGGUGGAUCUGUGGAAGAGUCUGCAAAAGAGCCUCUCGCUGCAGACGACUCUCUCCUGGACUCUCUCAUCUCUGGUCCACCUGCUCCUACUGCAGUAACCAGCGCCACCUCCUCCGUCUCCUCGGUUCCCACCUCUGCUGCCUCUGCUUUGGAUGAUUUCAGCAUAUUGUCUGGAGACUCUGUGCAACCUACAGCAGACUCAUCUCUCCUGAUCUCAGACUUGGAGUUCCAACAGACCGCUGCAGAGGCGGCCACAGAGGAUGAGUUUGAUCCCAUUCCUGUUACUGGCCGAAAGAAUUCCCAAGACCUACAGAGGGAGCUCAUCAGUAAUGAACUGCAAGCUGCUCACAUGACGUCUUCAGUGCUCUUCACUGAGAAUAAACAAAGGCCAAGGAUCCAACAGAGGGCUGCCUCAUGUAUCUAUAAUAAACACAUGUUGAUGUCAGAUGAAUGGGGCGUUCAGCACAGUCCUGUUCAAACUCCUUUCACCAGCUCUCAGGUCAGACCUGUCAACCAAGAAUCCCUGUUCCAGCCUCCAAACAGCCCAGUAACCUCUGAUGUCUUCCAGCUGGCCCCUUUUAAAACACCGGGAAAAGGAAGCAAAAUUGCAUUCAGAAGCGCCUCCUUUUCUGCAUCUCAUAAACCUGCUGAGGCAUCUGAUGUUUUCCUCCAGGCAACGUUUGGAAAGAGGCAGGAAACCAGCAGAGCUGCUCCUAUUAACGCCCACGUAUUUAAGCCCUGUGCACAGCAGAUUCAAAACAACAAACAGUGUCAUCAAGUCAGAGUAUCACCUCCCCCUGCUCUGCAGCAGUUUAGUUUUCAAGCAGCUCCACUCCGCUCAGAGGCACCUCUGCUCCAGCAGCCGGUGGCGGUGCAUCGGGUCGUCACCAGGAUCGGUCAGCAGGCCGCUGUGGGCUCAGUGGCAGUGGGGCCUCUGCAUUCCUGGACAAUAGGAGGGAAAUCUCUGGAUGACCCCUUCACUGCUGCACCUUUUCAACCAAGAUGCUCUCAGGGGAAGCCCUGAUUAUAUAAUCAUCUCUUAAAAAAAAAAGAAAAAAAAAAAGCCAAGUCAGAGCUUUUUAUGUAACUUAAAAA